AUGUCGACGGCACCCACUCUAUCGCUACAGAAGACCUCGGUCGCCCUAGUGCAGCUCGGCUCGACCUCCUUCGACAAAGCCUUCAACCUGAAGCGAGCUAGGGAUGCUGUUCUCCGCGUUGCUGCCACACUCCCCAAUGCAUCCUCGGCUUCGGCUUCCUCCCCCACUCCCGCGCCAGUAGGCAUGGUUGUUCUGCCUGAAUGCUUCAACUCUCCCUAUGGCGUCAAGUAUUUCGCCGAAUACGCCGAGUCGUUCGGAGGCGCCUACCAAAAGAUUAAGAAGCCGCUCCCUUCUGCACUUGCACGUAUGGGCAAAGGCAGAGAGGAGAUCCGCUGGACCAUCGAUGCCUCCACUGAUCCCAGCGCAGAGUCAAAGCUGGCCCGGGAGAAGGGCAUCGGAAAGCCAGUCGAGAUUGACGACCGCAUCCAAAAGCUCUCACCAAGUCUGAAGAUGCUGUCGGAGACAGCUCGCGAAGCCAACGUCGUUCUUGUGGGUGGAAGUGUGCCCGAACGCGACGAUCUCACCGGAAACAUCUACAACUCUUCAUGCGUCUUUAACGGACAAGGUCAACUCAUCAGCAUUCACCGCAAGCUUCAUCUCUUCGACAUCGACAUCCCCGGCAAGAUGACAUUCCAGGAGAGCGAAACACUGUCCGGAGGCGAUCGUGUAACCGUGUUCGACUGUAGCCUUGGAAGAUUCGGUCUUGGCAUCUGCUAUGACUUGCGCUUCCCAGAGCCGGCCAUGAUCGCUGGUCGUCUCGGUGCAGGAUGCAUCAUCUACCCCGGCGCAUUCAACACUACGACUGGACCUGUCAGCUGGGAGCUUCUGCUUCGCGCACGCGCUACGGAUAACCAGGUCUACGUGCUUGGCUGCAGUCCCGCACGUCCCAUCCAAGAGGCUAUUGACGGCACUCUGACCGAAAAAGAUGGAUGGCGUGAUGGUGAGAAGGCAUAUCCAGCUUGGGGUCAUUCAAGUGUCGUUGGGCCCCUUGGUGAUGUCAAGGCCAAGCUCGGCGAGGCGGAAGACACACUUGUCUUUACUUUGGACCCAGAGGAAGUGGAGCAGACUAGAAGGAACAUCCCGAUCAGCACGCAGCGCAAAUUCGAUGUGUAUCCGGAUAUCACAUGUGGUUAG